AUGGCUCCUUGCUUUUCAUUCUGCAGAUCAUCGCCAGCGAGCAAAAGCAUAAGACUGGUUCACAUGAAUGGCUACGUGGAGGACUUCGAACAUCCUGUUUCAGUCAGCCAAGCCACCGGCAAGCCCCCAAAGCACUUUGUGUGCACCCCGGCUCAGCUUCUCUGCGCCGGCUCGGAGCCACUGAACCCCGACACCCAGCUCGAAGCAGGCAAAAUAUAUUUCCUGCUGCCAUUCUCAGUAUUACGAGCUGAUGUUUCUCCAUUGGACUUGGUCUCUAUUGUCAGGAAGCUAACCGCAGUGGCAAAAGCUAGACGGCGUGAGCAGCCUAAAUCUUCCCAAACUAGUCAAUACGGCUCGAGCCGAGUAUUCAGUUCUCCGGGUACAAGUCCUAGCCGGUUUAUGGAGCCGGACGGGAAGAUGAUGACGUACGGUGCACAGAGGUCUGCUAGACCGCGGUCAUGGACGCCUAUAUUGGACACCAUUAGAGAGAAAUCGUUCGAUCGUAAAAGCAAAUCAGAUUUGCAAGAAAAGCAGUAG